AAUGUGUCCCAACCCACAAAUUUCGGAUAGUGAAUCUUUCGGGAAAAGACACGCUUAACCUACUUUAACCUCAGGACGGUGUGAUCUCCGAAAAGUUGCAGCACGUUGGUUGCUAAAGCUUUUAUCUAACAGGAAGUUGAAGUUAAGUAAGCUCGCUCUGAUAUAGUUUUCCUUGUCUGGAAGUGCGUCGGAAACCCCUCGCAUUUGCCGAUUGACCACACUAACCUGGGAUACGCAAUUGCCGUCGAUAACAUCUGCCCUGCUUGGUGUUUUGUAGCGGAUUACCACAAGACAGCCGACUAAUUGAGUUGGGAUCUCAAACGAGGGGCAGCUACAGAAGGUUGGAUGUUACGCAAUGAACGUGACAUUGACAAAGUGACUUCUUUCAGCUAAAACAAGCUAGCGUAGCUAGCUAGCGCGGUUGGUUAGCCUUGUGUCUCUCUCUCCCUUGAGAAGCAAAGAGCUCGACACGAGUGGGCUGUGCGACUCCAGACUAAGCGUCUGCUUGGCCAGCAGGUCCGAUAGUUUCUCUGCUUGUACCCCAGCCUCUUAUUUACACUGGAAAUGGCCAUGGUGACAGUGCUAAGAAGACUGGCUCACUUCAGGUUAAGGGAAUACUCGCGGAGGACGGCAGCAGAGACUUCGGUUGGCUGGCUGACGGGUCAGCGGAGUUUCACCGGUGGCACGCUGCCUGUGAGGUCGGACAAUAAGGUGACGGUCCACUUCGUCAACAGAGAUGGGGAGAAGAUCACAGUGAAGGGGUCUCCUGGAGACUCCCUGCUAGAUGUUGUAAUUAACGAAGACCUCGACUUUGAUGGCUUUGGAGCGUGUGAGGGAACGCUGGCGUGCUCCACAUGCCAUCUGAUCUUUGAUGAGGAAGUCUACAAGAAGCUGGGGCCGGUCACAGAUGAGGAGAUGGACAUGCUAGACUUAGCAUAUGGCCUGAGUGACACAUCUCGUCUUGGUUGCCAGAUCUGUCUGACAAAGGCUCUGGAGGGCAUGGUGGCCAGGGUUCCAGAGAGCGUAGCCGACAUCCGACAGAGCAAAGACGGAUCUGCUUAACUGGGAACCUGCUGCUGCUUUGGAAUGUGGGUGUGAACAGUGCGGGUGUGCCCGGUCAGAACUGGGGAAUGCAAGACAAGGACUCAAAAACUAAAAUUGCACCCUUCAGUCUCAGUAACCAUUAGAGAACCUUGCGCCAUAUUGUGAGGAGUAUCGAUAUUAAUGAGAUAUAAACUCUAAAUUAAGACAAACUUAUCACAGGCCCAUUAAUCUGCCCUGAUUAAAGGUUGGUCUAUUUUAAUCAAUGUCAAAAGAAAGUUACACUUUUCACUAUGGAUGACGUAGUGGACGGCAGUGACAGACUCCGCACUGUCACUGCCGUCCACCUCUAGCUUGUUGCGGUGCCUUCCAUUACCUAAGAAAAAGUGCCUUUUCCUUUUCUUGUUACUAUGACUAAAUUUACACUCACGGUUGCAAAAAGCCUUUGUAGCUCAGUACAGUUCUGGUCUUGAUGCAACAUCCAAACUUUUGAAAUUCAGAACCCUUUCUUUGUCUAUAAAUUUAGUCAUAUCCUCUGAACAAGCUGAAGGAAAAGGUCCGUAGCUGACUGAAAUAUUUGUGAACCAAUAUGAGUUCUUGACACCUUAAGAGACUGUGCUGAUACUGAGUACAACCCCCCCCCCUCCCCCAAACAUGUUAUAUUUCAUUUUAAAAUGUAUGUAUACCCCUACUGUUGUUGGGUUGAUCGAAUCCAUCAUGUAGUCAUAUAAUUUCAGCAUAUGAUUGUACAUAGCUAGAACACACACGUGUGUGUAGAGUUAGAAAUAAUGUAAUAAAAAAAAAUCCCCUUUCUAAUGGCGUGUUGAACUAUCAGUUUGUACAUGCUGUUUGAAAUGAAAACUAUGAUAGAAAAUCCCAUUUCUUGUACAAAAUGACCAGUCAUCUGAUUGUCCUUUUUAAAACCUGAUUUUCCCCUUCCAAUAAAAACAAAAGUAAACCAAUAAUUUAAUCACAGUGAAAUUAGGUUUUCACUCAUAGGUCAUUUUAUU